AAAAUACAUAUUGCCUCGAGAUUCGUACAAAGGCAUGCCAUCCAACGGCUGUAAAUGAGAGAAAAGCAUAACACUACAGAAACCAAAGGCUCGCAACCCUUCUGGUCCGACGACGACGACGAGAGGAUUCGAUCAUGGCGAUGGCCGCCCGCCUUCUCUCCCGUUCCAAACAGUUGUAUGCUGGCCGUUCUGUCUUCCAAUAUGAGCAUGCUGUACCUGUUCGUUAUUUUGCCAAAGAGGCUGCUCCACCUUCUCAAACGCCCCUUAAAGGAGAUGAAAUGUUGAAGGGCAUCUUUUAUGAAGUAAAGAAUAAAUUUGAGACAGCUCUUGGAAUACUUCGGACAGAGAAGAUCACAAUUGAUCCUGAUGAUCCUGCUGCAGUGUCUCAAUAUUCCAAGGUUAUGAAGACUGUCAGAGAAAAGGCGGAUCUAUUCUCAGAAUCUCAACGGAUAAAGUAUACUAUUCAACAACGGACACAAGAUAUUCCUGAUGCUCGGACCUAUCUAUUGACCCUUCAAGAGAUUCGAGUAAAGAGUGGACUCACAGAUGAUAUAGGUGCCGAGACUAUGAUGAUGGAAGCACUAGACAAAGUUGAGAAAGAUAUUAAGAAGCCGCUUUUAAGGUCUGAUAAGAAAAACAUGGCUAUCCUUUUGGCUGAGUUUGACAAAAUCAACAAGAAGCUUGGUAUUCGUAAGGAAGAUCUUCCCAAGUAUGAGGAGGAAUUGGAACUUAAAAUUGCUAAAGUGCAGCUGCAAGAGUUGAAAAAGGAUGCUAUGGAGGCAAUGGAUACUCAACUAAAAAGGGAAGAAUUCAAGGAUGAGGAGAUGGUGGAUGUUAAACAAUUGGACAUUCGGAACUUCAUCUGAGAUUAUGAUCUUGUAUGGUGCCUUAAUUCAAGACAUCACUUGCUGUUUGCUUUAAAAUUUUUCCUUUAUAGACUGUUUUUCGGUUUUCCGGCACUCUUGAAAUCUAUUGAAGUUUACUGUCGAAAAUUCGGUUUCAAGUUGUAAUAAUUUGUGAUUCUGGCAAUACACUCCUGCAGACUUUUAGUCUUUUUCAUUACUGACCCCUUAACAAUUAAGUUUUAUGUAA